AUGGCCGAAUCCAGUCGCGUGCAACCGCCUUUCCUGGCGUCCGAAACCUCCCAGGUGCGCAGCGAGCAUUCCCACUCGCUUAAUGGGCCAUUGGACACCACCCAGACAGACAGUGGUCCCCUACCUGCCGACAAACCCAAUGAUGGUGCGACAAUCGUCAAACAUCCAACGAGCCCUAAGCCUGUUGAGGUGGGGGAUUCCACGCUCCCCAUGACACAGCCUCCUGGGUCUAUCCCAGGCAUUGCAACACCUCCCGCCGGAGCACUCGAGCCUAGCAGAGAGGCUAGUACUCCCACGACUACCAAGACUCCAGAUGCAGCGGAGACAAAGAAAGAAGAGGCACACACGGGCGAGAAGCAUGCUCUUGAGUCAAGUUCUGCAUCCCCUAUCACGUCAUCAGGGACGGACAACCCCCCAGUGGAAAAGCCGGAAGAGCCCGAAGUCAAAAAGUCGAAGGUCCAAACAGCGGACUCCGAUCAAUCCGUGACAGGCAUACCAGCGCCUGCAGCAUCCACGAGCGGCGGGAAUCAUGGGCAGCCCAAGAAAGCCAGUCGGCCCAAGAAGGAAAAGAUCAAGGAUGCCCUGAAAAAGGCCAUUCCAAGCGAUGGGAUUGGCAGCCGGACUCGCAGCCGCACCAACCGUACUUGA